GAGAAAUUUUUAUUCACCAUUGUAAGACGAUGAUCUUACUUGACUUUCUUUAGAAUCAUUUACAAUUGCUUCGCAUAAUCCUAUCUUUCAGCGUAAAAAGAAAUAAUAAUUCAUCAGCUGUUUUUAAUGCGUUUUGGUCGUAAUUUUCGUUUGAUCGUCCAACUUCUGUGAGUAUCCUUAGCUGUUGCUUCUGUCUGUUCGUGUUCGUACAUGGGUUUACUGUUACUGUUACUGUUACUGUUACUUUCAUGUAAAUAACUAAUUCCGCUUACGUUGUUGCAUGCGCGUAACACGAUAGCUCGGUGAAAGAAGACAAAAAGGAGGGGCUAAAUCGUGUGUAAGAAGAUUACGUGGAAUAGAAAGGACCACUGGUCAAAAGGUAUUGGAUCCGUGGAAUCCUACAUCGUGAUUGGUUGAUACUUCGUGUGGGAUCUUGCAAUCAUCCUUAUAGAUCGGAGGAUCGUCGACCUGUUCUGCAGUUUGCAGAUCACGAAGAUUCUUUGACGGUCGUAUCAAAGUGUUAGAACAAUGCUUGGGAUAAUCUGCGUUCUCAACGCUAUUUUGUACGUGGCAACUUCGGAGACAGUGAUCCUUCAACGUAUGAAGCGUCAAAAUGAUCCGAGUGAAAGUGGUCAUGUGGUAGACAGUAUUUUUAACAUUCCAAUUACGGCGAUCAAGCAGACAGGAGCCGCGGUGCAAACCUUCAGCCCAGAAAAUUCCAAGGCCAUCGAUAGUAUCUUAAAGAUCCCUGUUUCGACCUUAGAAGCUGUUGGGGCUCUAGUAAAACAAACGUCUGGGCAGAGACUCCAGAAUGCCGAAGAGUUACAACGAAUACGCCAAGAAAGAAGAGAGAGAAUAUUAGCUCAAAGGGAACGACAGAGGUUCCAAAGAGAGCAACUUCAGCAACAACGUUUCAAACAGCAACAAAUGAAGAGAAACAUUAAGAACAAUAACAAAGAUCUCUUCGGUUUAAACACCCUCUCUUUCCUGGUUAGUAAUCAUGGAAUCUUAGGUAGUAUUCAAGGUCCGUUUGGCGGGUACAGUGGAUUUGGUGGUGGACAUGGUGGUCAUGGUGGUCAUGGAAAUCAAGGUAUCCAUGGAGGACAGGGCAGUACAGGUGGUUACGAAGUCCACGAAAACGUAGAAGAAGAUACAAAUUAUUUCUGGCAUGGGAUCACUGCUGGCUUUGGUACGAUUUCUGGUUCUCGGCCAAGUAGCGCGCAUAUUUCCAUACAAAAUAAAGUCGCCCCUAAAGAUAAAAGACCAAACAAAUCUUACGACGAUUUUCGAAUACAAAACAAAAUUGCUCCGAAUAAAGAAAAUGGACUAGACUAUGAAGAUGAUCCUCCACUGCAGAACAAGAUUGCACCCAAAAGGAGCAGGAUAUCGUUUCAAUCAUAGAAAAAAUUCAUCAAACAGUGAAACGAAUUCAAUCUUUUAGUUUUCUAUCACGCUGCCAGUUAUACUCGUACAUAAGUAUUAGGAAUUAGGACAUCUACUUGUAGUAUUUAUUGGAAAACGCAAAUGUUACUGUCUAAUAUUUUAUAUUACAAGGCUCGUGUAACGGAAUUGAAAUGACAGAUUUAUAAUAAGAUAAAUAGAAUAUAGAAUAACAACAAUGAAAUGCAUUCUAUUACCAAAUGUCCUAAUACCUACAUACAUGCGUAUGUAUGUCUAGCAGUGCACGUUACUUUAAAUGUUCUAUCAUUGUAAAGCGAAGCGACAUCGAAGAACAGCAGAGUAUCGUCUGACUCGUAAAAGAAAUGAAAGAAAUGAAAUACAAAGCGAAAUGAAUUUGACUUUCUAAAUUUUCAUGACGUAUUGUAUAACAUAUAUUUACUUUUACAUAUCACACGCUCGAUAACAGCUGGCCGAUAAGUAUGCGAGUCACAUUGCAUCGUUCAUGUAGAUAACGAAUGACAAAAUGUCGCUGCUUAGAGAAAACCAGAGUCGUUAAAGCAAACUGCAAUUUCAUCGUUGGGACGAUAAUUGUCGAACGAACGACAAUGACUCGUUAGAUUUUCACGGCAGCUGCGCUGUUUCAGCCACGAAUUUCGAAGUCACGUAUGUACCACGAAAGAUUCCAUGGCUACUACGUGGAAUGUUAAACGAGUCAAUCCUGCGAUACGGAAAACAUUUCGAAUGUAACACCUCCCAUGAAUAACGAAACGAUGCGAGGAUAAGCAAGCAAGCCGUGUAUCCAUUGUGUAUUCGAAUAAAAUUCAACUUCAUUUUGUACAUAA